AUGUAAAAAGAAACUUCUUCUGUUAAUACGUCUCAUUAACAAUAAUAAUAACAAAAUAAGGAAGAGAGUAAAUUAAAAAGUCUAUUGUAGGGUAGCUAUGAUUAUAUUCAUAGAGAGACUGGGAAAAUGAUUUAGAAAGUAAAAUUGACAUAAAUUAUAUUGAUUAGAAACUCUAUAAGAAAGCAUUUCAACUUUUAGAAAAAUUUUAUAAUUAAAGAAAGGAUUUAGAAUUAGGAGAAAUGGUUUUGUUAAAUAGAAGAAUAAUAAAUUGCAUAAAUAAAAUAUUAAAAUAAGGUUUACUUAAACCAGAUAUUGAAUAAGACAGGCCAGAAAUAAUGCUUCAUAUAUUCUAGAGAGGUAGCUAAGCAAUUUUUGAGCUAUACAAAUACUUAAAUUUGUAUAUUUAAAAAGUUAUACCUAAUGAAAUGAAAGGAGUUGUGUAAAUUAAUUAAAUUAUAAUAUUAGUUUAGAGGAAGUAUCUCAUUUAACAAGUUCAGAUGAAGAGAAUGAAGAAAGAAUAAAAGAACAUGAAGUGACAGUCCUAUUAUAUAAAAUUAAUGAAUAUGAUAAACCUAAAAAGGAGAGAAGUAAAAAAUAAGUUAAAGAAUUGAAUCCAUAUGAAUAAGAGAUCUCAGAAUCUAGUAGAAUAGCAAAUAUGAUUGUAAAAACUUUGAAACCUUUGAAUAUUCAAUUUGAGUUGGAUCAAUACUUUUAUAAUUUAAUUGAAUUACAAUUAAUGGCUAAUUUAAUUUUUAAGAAAGCAAAUAAACCAAAAGUAGCAUAUUAUUAUUUGGUGGAAGCUUAAAGAAUUAGUAAAUAAAUAUUAGAUACUCCUAAUCCAAAUUUAGUAAAUGCAUGUGCUAGAGUAAAAAUGUAUUUGGCUAAUUAUUUGUAUGAAAUAAGUGAAUAUCAAGAAUCUUUAAAAAUUGCAGAAGAAGCUAUCGUGAUUUUAUGUGGUGAGAUGAGGAUAAGAAUUAAUUAAGAGAAAUUCGUAUAAAAGAAACAUAAAUAAAGGUAUAUAAGUGUUACUUAUAGCAAAAUAGGGAAAGAAGAAGAAUGAAAAGAUGUGUGAUAACAACUUUAUCAGCAUUAAUAAUUAUGAUGUGUAAUUAUGAAGCUCAAAAUAAUUAUCAUAGAAUUGUUGAAACUUUAACAACAGCUAGUUGGUUAGCUGAAAAAUAUAUUUAAGGAAUUGAUGAAUUUAAAAAACAUAUUGUUAAAUUGGCUAGUGAAGGUAAACAUAGAUUAGAAUAAAAUUUAAAAGAUUUAGCAGAUCUUAGUUAUAUUGCAGAAUCUACUUUGGAUUAAGAAUUGCAUUAAAUUAGAAAAUCUUAAAGAGAUUAUAGAGAAUAAUCUGAAUCAGAUUAUUUAAAAAAAUUUAAUAGUGAUAUGUUUAAUCUUUUUUAAGUUAAAUCAUUGAAUGAACAAUUAUUUUUAAAAACUUAAAUAAAGGAAGAAUAGAAAAAAAAAUAAUAAUUUGAUACAAAAAUUAUAGAACAAUCUUAACCUCAUGGCACAGAUGCUUCAAUAAAUAUUUUUGAUAGUGAUUCAAAUAGUAAAGAUAGUUUUUUUGAAGGUAGUUUCUUUGCUCCUUCAAUUGACAAUUUAUAAUUUGAUUCUAAAUUAUUUGAUGAUAAAAGACCAUUAUCAACAUCAAGAAAACCAAAUAAUAGAAAAAUAUAUAAAACAAACAGAUAAAAAGGAAAAUCUGUAGGUUUAAUAAAAAUUGGUUUAGAAAGACCAUAAGAUUAUAAAUCAAGAAUAUUGACUACAACAUAAUAUUUUAAUGAUUAUUAGAAGAAACCAAAAGUAUAGGAAGAGAAAAACGUAAGUAAUACAGGUGCAUUUUUAAAGAGACAAUUAGAAAAUCUAGAGUAUAGAGAGCAUCCUGAUAGAGAUGAACAUCAUAAAUAGGAUUUGGAUGUAUAUGUCAAUAAAAUGGUUAAUGGCAAAAUUUCAUCAAAUGAGAUAAGAGAUUAUAAUGAGUAAAAUAGUUUUUUAUUUUAGUAUCUUAGGAUAAUUAUUUAAUUUGAGAAAAAAAGAAGACUUUGAUAAAAAAGAAUUUCAUUUUGGUAGAAGAAUGCUAAACAUUAGAGCAAAAGAAGAAAUUAGGUUUUACAAAGAAUCUUUUAAAACUCCACUUGUAAAAGUCGAGAUAGAUACUAAAGUUAAAGAUUAAGCACAUAUAAUAGAUGGAAAAAUAACUGCUGAAAAAGAACUUAAGGAUUUAAAAAGAAGAAAGAUAGAUAAAAUGGUUGCUGGAAAAAAAAUAGUCUAAACAAAUGUGAAUAUAGAUUUAAAGGAUCCAGAAGAAACUAAUUAUUUAAAAAAGGUUUUAGAGAAAAGUAAGAAGAAGAAACUAAAAGAUUUAAUUUAUAAACAUAGAGAAUCAUUAGGAUUAGCUAAAUUUUUUGCUAAUUUGUUGAGAGAACAAAAAGAAAAAGAAAGAAUUUUAAAACUUAAAUCAGCUUUAGAAAAAGAAGUAUCAGUUGAUGUUGCAGACAAUCAAAGUCAAUAAUAGUUGUAAAUAAAAUAAAAAAAGAAUGUUAAAAUAGUUGUACAAUAAAUAGAUAAAUAAUAAACAUAAUAAGUUUCUUUAUAGCCUUCUUAGUUAUAAUAAUCUCAGAUUGUAACAGAAGAUCUUAAAACAUUAGGUUAACCAACUUUAAUGUAAUAGAAAUCAAAUUCUUAGACAACUUUACCUAAAACAAUUUUAAAGAGAUAAAAGGAAGUUUCAAGUGUAAAAGACAGUCCUCGAAUAAGUUAAACUUUAAUUGGUAUGGAUGUUUAAGGAACAGACUUAAUUUUAAAAUAAGAAAAGUAGUAGAAAGAAAAAAAAGUAACUAAAGAUCAAAUUGAUAAGUAAUAGAAAAAGUCUCAUUAAGUAAUUGGAAUGAUAAUUGAUGCAGUAGAAAGAAAAAUGGAUGUCGAAAAUAAAGAGUUGAAAAAGAUGCUUUUUAAAUAGAAAGGUGGAUCUAAAUAAUAUGUUGAUGAUGAUGAAAAAACAUAUUUAAAAUUUAUGCCAAAAUUUGCAGAUAUGAGUAGAUCAACAUAUUUAAUGUAUAUAAAGAAGGAAUUAGCAGAUAAAUAAAUAAUUACACUGGAAGAUGUUGUAAGAGCUAACAUCAUUAGAAAAAAUUAGUUAACAGAUAUGGCAGCAUAAAUAUUUAAAGAUUUAGGAUAACAUCCCUGA